AUGGUGGAAGCCCGUGGUAAAAAUGAACGCCCAUGAAACACCAGCGCCAGUCAUAGGAAAGAUAGAGAAAGAGGAGAGCGACGGUUCACAUCAGUCCUCAGCAUCCAAGAUGGCCGCUUCCGCCAUAGACGGCAUGGCAUCGACGGCGCUGCGAUCGGUUCUGCAGCGGGUGCAGCUGGCCGCCGAACGCUGCAGCCGUGGAUCGGAUCGGAUUCGGGUCGUAGCUGUAAGCAAGACGAAACCAGUCUCUCUUAUUCGUCAAGUUUACGACAUUGGACACCGCUGUUUUGGCGAGAACUAUGUCCAAGAGUUCGUAGAGAAAGCUCCCCAGCUUCCGGAGGAUAUAGAGUGGCAUUUCAUUGGGAAUUUGCAGAGCAAUAAAGUUAAGAUGCUUCUGACUGGUGUGCCCAAUCUCGCAAUGGUGGAGACAGUUGAUGAUGAGAAGAUUGCGAAUCAGCUUAAUCGAGUGGUUGAAAACAUUGGAAGGAAACCUUUGAAGGUCUUUGUUCAAGUGAAUACAAGCGGAGAAGAAAGUAAAUAUGGCGUUGAACCAGCUAGGUGUGUGAGCCUUGUCCAACACGUUACUUCAAGCUGCCCUUACCUUGAAUUCUGCGGCCUGAUGACAAUUGGAAUGCCUGAUUAUACGUCGACACCAGAGAAUUUUAAGACGCUAGCAAAUUGUAGAAGCGAGGUAUGCAAGACAAUUGGAAUAGCUGAAGAGCAAUGCGAGUUGUCAAUGGGCAUGUCAGGCGAUUUUGAACUUGCAAUUGAAAUGGGAAGUACAAAUGUCAGAAUUGGAUCAACGAUAUUUGGAGCAAGGGACUACUCAAAGAAGCAAUGAACUCCUAAUGUUAUUGCCCUUUUGGUAGCCGUGUGCAAGUAGAACAAGUGUAGUAAAUAGCUCAUUGACUUAUUUGGCUGAGAAGGGUGUUUUCAUAUGACUUUCCUUUAAAAAGAAAUGUUCAACAAGUUCUGGUUCACUUUUGCAGUAUAUAUGUGCACCCACUAUAUAAAUGUUGUAUUGCAUAUUGGGCAAAACACGUUAUUAAACUUUGAAGCUUUGCAUAAAGUAUUUCUGUAUGGUUUAAUUUCCAAUAAAAAUACAAUAGGAUGUUCUCCCUAG